AUGACCCAUUCUCGGACGUCGUUGAACCUGGAAUAUCCAUCUACUAGAAAUAUUCUUUACAGUGAGCAGGAUGUUAUGAUAACAGUCAUAUACCUCGACGAAGCCUGGUCUGAAACCGGGUUAUACGUGUUCGAAAGACGUAUAUGCGGAUCGCCAAAACUGGGCUCCGUGGUUUAUGAGUCGCUUCAUGUACCAUACUACAAUAUGUCUUCUCAACCAUCCGCUCCUCAUAAUGAUCAAGCUCCAAGGGAGGGGACCAAUACCGGAACUCUACCUGUAGCAGACAUCUUCCCUGAGAAGCAAUUCUGUUUGGCUGGUAUUAUUGUGGGCUAUUGUGUGGCUGUUGUUGCGACAAUCGAGCUUUAUAUGAGCUACAUGGUCGAUUUGGAUCAACGACCGGAGAAAAAGAACGUUUCCAACAGUGCAUUGAUGUUGUCCAAGAUCUGGCGGAGCUCUCGCCACAUUUACAGGAGAUGUGGCACAAUCUUCAUCGGCUGGCGGAUUCAAUUGCCAUUCUUCACCUCAUAUCACAGUCGUGAAUCAAAGGUCGACCUUUCCCUGUUCUGCGAGUUCCCCGCAUUUUCUCGAGCCCAUUCCGGGGCGCUUUUGGGCAGAACACUAUCUCAUGGAUUAUGGCAUCCUCAGACUGGUGGGGAAUUAUCUUCUUUAAAUGUCCCGUCCAGUGUGACCCGAGUUGAACAAGCUGUCCCUCAUCAGAACCACCUACAGCACCGGAAUCAGUUUUCACCAACAUGCACACCCGUUCCUGCGCAGUCUUCAGCCCCACAAAGCUCUUCGAACGACACGACCAUUGAUGACCAUUUCGUGGAUGUGCUCAAUCUGUCGUCUGCUCAAUUCUUCGGACAGGAGCUCUUUUCUUUGGAGGGCUUAAGCCAUAUUCGCUAG